GCAGGGACCAGUCCUGCCCCCGGCCCUGCCCCCGGCCCCCGGCCCUGCUCCGCAGGGAUCAGCAGCAGCACGGGCCCCUUCCUAUAGAAAGCUCUCGUUUCGAGAGGGAUGAGUAACCAAGGGAGGGGCUUAAACCGCAUCUUCCACUGAAACCCGUCUGUACCGCAAGUAUUCGGCAAGACCGCUCUGCCGGGGGUAAGAGGUAGACAAGGUCUGAGCUACCUUCUUUAAGAAAAGCAGAAACUCUAUUCUGUCUUGUUAGAGUCUACCUAGAUCUUCGGAAGCAACUGAAAGUUGUGAAGGGUGUGUGGUAUGGGAAGCUAUAAUUUCCUCAAUGGAAAAGGUGCUGAAAAUUACCUCCAGCACUGUGGAAGCAUGGAGAGAAAAUAGUCACCUAUUGGGAGCCUCAAGGAACUCUUGGGCAAAGUGAUGGAAAUGAAGAGCUUGAACCAUUGUUUCACCAUGGCAGCAACUGAGUCUGACAAGGACUCUGGAUACUCAGAUGGAAGCUCAGAGUGCCUGAGUACUAUGGAGCAGAUGGACUCAGAGGAUGUGCUAAACACAUUGUGUUGGAACACAGAGGAUGGACCUUGGCCAUGCCCAAUGACUACAAACAAUUCCUUUCCUGCACUUUCUCCUAUGGUCGUAAUGAAAAAUGUGUUAGUUAAACAGGGGUGUUCAUCACAGCUCCAAUCUUGGACUGUCCAGCCAUCCUUUGAAGUGAUUCCAGCUCAGCCACAGCUAGUGUUUCUUCAUCCGCCAAUCCCACCUCCCAUUAGCCCUCACACUGCUGGGAAAAAGAGAAAUGACUCCACUAAUUACCUGCCUAUCCUAAAGUCUUAUCCCAAAAUAGCACCACAGCCCUGUAAAAGAGAUCACUCCUUGGAUCAAGAGGAAGGUGAGGAAACCAAUUGCUAUAAACGCCUCUGCACAGAAGCAGCCAAGAUGGAGACUUCUCCCAUAUCAAGGAGCAUGGGUUUUUCCACCAGUUCUUUUGCCCACCUGCCAGUUAGCUUUAAGUCUGCUCAGGAUUCUAUCCAGCAAAGUUCUUCAAGUCUGGUGACAAACAGAAAAGUGUCAGCUCUUCCCAGUUUUCAUCAUAUUUCUACUGACACACAGAAAGUCCCAGGUUUGACUCCACUUUUGCCUAUUGGAACCCUGCAGGCAACAAAGUACACCCCUCCUGAAACUACAGCACAGCACAUGAUGCAGUCUGCAGUGUGGAGCCCACCAUUGGUAGCAGAGGAGAUUUCCGCUACCCCUGAACUGCUCUUACAACAGCAAAGCAAGUGCAGACGCUUUCAGAAUACACUCGUUGUGCUACGUAGGUCAGGAUUGUUGGAGAUCACCUUAAAAACCAAGGAGCUCAUUCAUCAGAACCAGGUGACUCAGACUGAGCUCGAUCGACUAAAGCACCAAACAAAACUUUUCAUAGAGGCAAUAAAGAACAAUGCUCCACAGUCUUGGGCAGAGCUAGAAGCAUCUCUGACAGGAUCAGAUAAGACUGAUAGCAACACUGAAGUUUCCACUUAUCCCAGUAUGUAGUAGAAUGGUACAUAGCUGUUGUUCAAGUUAUUCCUGAGCCUCAGAUUUCUUGUCUCAAGCUUUAACUUGAGCGUUUUGUGAGUCUGAGAUUUAAAAACUGAUGUGCAAAGCGACAUACUGUUAAAGCUUGUCUUCAGAGUCAGUUGUGGGACUGGAAUAGCAGGUGGGAUCUUGACAGAAUGGGUACUACCGCUUCAAUGUAACUUGGAAUUCCAUGUUAACUCUGUAUACUUCCUUGGACUUGGAAAGCUUAGAUGUGUUCUGCCAGUAUGUUCCCAUUCAGGCUGUGAAGAGACAGUCAUCUGCAAUAUUCUUCAAGCAAGCAUCUUUCCAUUCCUGGCUUGAGAUAAGCAAUUCUGAAAAAGGAGACAUGCCCUGAAUUUGGACCAUCGUUAGGUACAAGUAGAUGAAGGGAGUUGGAGCGAAGAGGGGGGAAAAGGUUGGUAGGGUGGUAUCUUUGCUGGUUCAGUGUCCUUUGCUGUAGCAGAGAGUCUUCUGGUUUUAUAACACCUUUGAAUUAGUGGAGAUCUGCUUGUGCUGAAGUAGCAUUCUGUAUUCAUUGCAGACUUUGACCAAAGCAAAGAGGAUCUUAGCACUCAUCUGAAAUGUUUCUAUGAGUCUAUUUUUGAUUUAAAUCUGUAAAAUUGGGUAUAUGAAAAUUAUGAGGCUGGCACUGGAAAUGUUUAUUCCAAAGCUGUAUUUUAUUUGCACUACCCAUUAAUGACUAGCAAGUGGCUUUGGGUUUUUUUUCUGGUAGCUAAUAGAUUAAACAUUGAUUGUUGUUAUUUAAAAGACUGCAGUAAAUUUUUAAUAUGUUACAAGAAGGCAUUCAUUCACCAGGAUUAAUUUGGCAAGCCUAGACAAACACUAUUUAAUCUAGGUCUGCUAAGCUUACAAGAUUCCAUUUUUUUGCUGUGAAAUCAACUUGUUAAGUGUAAACAGUGGAGAAAGAUGAAGAGAAAAGGAGUAUGCUGGCCUGUAAUGAAACAGAUCCUUCUCCCAUUUCCCUUUCCCUUCUCUUUUAUUUAGAGAAAUUGGAUGAGUGCAUCUGUUAAAAAAAAAAAAAGAAAGAAAGAGAGAGAGAGAGAAGGAAAAAGAGAAAGAAGAAAAAAAGAAAUGUCACUCUAGUUAAUCUUCUUUAAAAUUUGAUCUAUCUGAAUCUGAAUUUUGCAAAAAUAUUCUCCUUCAUUUAAAUUUAUAUCAUUCAUAACCUGCUUGCCUUGAAAUAAUGCAAGAUUAAAUAAGAUAUUAGGCCUUACUAGCAGGGGUUCACAGUGGUCAUGCUGCAAAAGCUGUUCUACAGACAUUUGUUUCAGUUCAGUUUAUUUAGACAUUUAACUCUAUGUCAAUCCCUCCGAUCUGAAGGACUUUUUCAGAGGCAGUGUGUAUAAGAAGACGUAGAAUGCCUUUCUCUAAGAAGGAUUAGGAAUCUGUUUGUUUAUGGUGAUGUGAUUGGUGUGUUCCUUUUUGCUUGAAAAUGCUUUCAAAAAAUUGUGCAGCCUAGGUGACUGAAUAUUUUGAUGCUCUGACACCUCCAUCAGUUUCUUAAGAAACCUAGAAGUGGAGUGAAUUUCUUCAUGCUGAUUUUUCAUUGGACUCUUUCACUUUUCUGAGGUUGCCAGGAAUUAAUAUUACAAAAGACCUUUGAGAAUGUUUUGUAGUCUUCCUAAAAUAUGUGCAUUAGAUGAACUGUAAAGGGUUUCCUUCUUGAUCACCUCUUUAGACUCAUGAACAGAAGUUCCAUAUAUGCCUCAAGAGGAGAAAUGUGAGUUGUAUUUGCACUAGCCAUAGGCCUAAAAGAAAUUUAAUGGUAGGAUUUGCCCUAAACCCCUAGUUCAGCAGUAACAAGCUAAUAGCAAUGCCUUUCAUGCUGCCCUGCCCACGUGCUGAAGACUAGAGCAGUACAUGAAUUCAGUUAAACUUUUUGUGGGCUAUGCUCUGUCAUGAGUUUUUAAAUACACCUGCUAUUAUGGGUUGUAGACAUCUCAUGAUUCACAGUGCAGCAGUAUCAAAAUCUGAUCAGAGAAACCAGAAGGCAGCUUAGUACAAUGUAAUGUUGGCCAUGUCUGUCUCACUCUUUUGGAAUUGUGAGGUCUCUGCACCGAAUGGCAUUUGGCAGGACAGAUGUGACAGUACCUGAAGCUGCUAGUGAAAGGUGUCCAAAAGACAGAAGUGUUUCUUCUGAUCCCUUUACAGGAAGGAGAGGAAACAGUAGGAGACGUUCCGCUGGUGGAUACCCACAAUAGGCCUAGAGAUGAGGUGUUGGAAAACAUUUAGAGUAUCUAUUUUUGUUUGCUCUGAUAAAGCAAAGGAAAAGCAAAGCUGGCAUUGCAGGGUAUACUGUUCUCUGACAUACAGGGACUCUACUGUCAGAAAUCACUCAUAGCACACACAGCACUCUUUCCCCUGACGGCGCUAAGGGUGGGCUGAAAUGGGUGAGCUUAUAGUUGAUGGACCUUUCCAGCUAAUGUAAUUUGUAUAAAUGUAUAUUCAAUAAAACUGUGAAUGAAGUCCAGCAGCUGGGAUUAGAAAUCUGUUACUGGGCAUCACUCCAGUAUUUAUGAAACUAAAAAAAUCCAGUGUAGAGCUACUAUAAAUCUGAGGCCCUGUAGGGAACAUAUCCCUAGAUAACUACAAAUCCUGAUGUGACAUUUAUAAUGAAGGAUGUUGAAGGACUUUAAUGAUAGAUAUGUCUUCAAGUACCUUUCUGUUUAGUUUCUCUUAGCUGCCUUUUGUUCUUGGAAGCCCUGUUAAAGCUUAAACGAUAAGGGCUUUCUUGGCUGCAAAUAAAAUGGGUUAGCUAGGAGCUGUGUUGAGAGAAUUAGUUGAUUAGAUUAGGACCAGAAUAGAUCCUGACUCUGAACAGAAUCUGGAAGUGGCCUAGCAGAGUUGAGGAGAAACAUUAGCCUCUUUGAUUGGAAACCUGUAAGCACUGAACCUGCAGAUUUUUAUUUGACCUUUAGUUAACAAACUAGCCUGGACACAACUCUACUGGUCUGAAAAGUCAUUCAGAUUGCCUGCUAUGGCUUCAGUUGCUGCUGACAACUAGCAGGCUGGGUAGCUUGAUGGGUCAGACAGACUCCUGUUUUUCUAAGUUUUAAUAGAUACUGGUAUUUUUGAUUACUUUUACAAUACAUUGUUUUUUUUAAUUCUACUGCUAUAGUUGGAAUGUAAACAUUUUCUGUACCUUUCCGUCCAUUGCCAACUCUGAUUAGAGUAGCCUAAGAACUACAUUACAGAACAUGAACUUUUUGCUAAAAUUUUACAGAAACACACUAUGAAAUAUGAAUUAAAGUAUAUACUUGAAAAGCAUGUGGCUUAUUCUAAUGUUGUUACACUGCAGAGUCCUCAAUCCCAAAGCAUGCUUUACAUACAGCUCUGCAACAAAAGUAGGAGAAUGCGGAUGAAACGGCGAUACUAUGAUACAGCUCUUUGAGAGUGUCAUGGGAACUUUAAUAGUCAUGUGUGCUUCAACAGUGAGCUAUAUAUGAAUUAAAGGGUUUCUAGGAGAAGCACAAAAUAAAGGUAGGCUAUACAGAAAACUAAAAAUAUGUUAUAGUGGGUGACCAUUGCCAUAGAUCUGUCAUGACAGCAUAGAAGAAUUUUUCCAUCUCUUAACUUACCUUUGUGUGAUGACUGUACAUCAUACUCACAGUCUGUGCAAAGUAAACUCCUAUACUGCAUCUUAAUCCUGUCAGCCAGAUGUGCAGUUUUACAUUGUGAGAUGAAGAUAAGAGUUAUCUUGGCUGAAAGAAUUACUUCUGAAUGAAAAUUUUUACUCUUUCUCUUGAAGGAGGACAUUUUCAAAUAAAUCUGUAAAACAACUUCUCAGUAAAGCAUUUUUUAAAAAAUA